GACAGUUCGAGCGAUGCCGAGAAGCCCUCACGAACCCGCAGCUGGCAUCGUGCCGUGAAGCGAAUGUUUUCCCUUUUCGUGCCGCGAAAGAUCCAAGAACGUCGGUGGAUACUUAGGAUUGAGAAGACCGAGGGUCGGGACAAAACCUUGGAGCUCAAGGUUCCAUGGACGCAGGCUGGGCAACCCAUGGACAGCCGCGCCCUCAGGGCAGACGGCCAUCAAGAGCCCGACCACACGAUAGACGAAUGCGAUGAACCAACUCCCCAAGUCGGGUUAAAGAACCCGAACGUCCCUGAAGACCUUCAGACCCACGAAGAUCCGGCCCGAACCAACCCUGCUGUUCCUACCCCCGGAACUGGCGGUCGCGUCGCCCUUUGCCUUGCCCCGGGCAGCACCACCGGUUCUGAGUCACUGGCGAUAAUCACUCCGGCCAGUACACGACCCGAUGAGCUCGACACCAAGCAAACCACCCCUCCCGAGCAGCCGGCAGCGUUCUCGCAGGGUAGCGACGAGGAGCGAUCGCAGCGCUCGUCGGUCAAAAGCAUCUCCCUGGAGGACCUCUCCCCCGUCUCCACCAACAGCGAGUGGUACAUCAAGCCGGUGUUCGUGGUCGCCAACAACAACCGUCAUAAGGAGCCGGCAUUGAUGGCACUGGACACACAAGCAUCAGCGAACCUGAUGGAUCUCGUGCUGUGCAAGGAACUGGGCAUGAGCCCCGAACCUUGCAGCCAGGAUCUCCUCCCUCUGCAGACUGAGUCGGGCAAUGAGAUCCGGAUCGCGCCGCAUGGUCGGGUUCGACGGGUAGCCUGGCACUUCGCGGGCAGCGGCAGGACUUAUGUCUCCGACUUCCUCGUCGUUGAUCUUCGAGAUUAUAAUGCCAUCCUGGGGAAGCGAGACAUCCGCCGGCUGAAGAUUCUCGCCCCGGGCCCCGGUCUGGGGGGCCACGCCAGAUAA